UUCGCACGUUUCGCGAUAUGGGAAAGAGCGUCCAGUCAACCAGCACCACCUGAGGAUCCCGGAAGCCGCCCCCGCCAUGGAAGAGGACCAAGAGCUGGAGAGGAAAGCAAUCGAAGAACUGCUUAAAGAAGCAAAACGUGGGAAAACAAGAGCAGAAACAAUGGGACCUAUGGGUUGGAUGAAAUGUCCUCUUGCUGGCACCAAUAAAAGAUUUCUCAUUAACACAAUUAAGAACACGCUCCCAUCCAAUAAAGAGCAAGACCAUGAACAAAAAGAGGAUGCUAAGGAACCUGAGAAGAGCCAGAACCAGAAAGAAGAAAGCCGGAAGAAGCACAGAGCCCACCCUUACAAGCACGGCUUCCGAGCUCGAGGCUCCGUCAGCCAUUCUCCACCGAGGAAGCGGAGCAGCCAGGACAAGUAUGAGAAGCGGUCAAACAAGCGAUGAGGCAGCGACGACAAAUACACACGACUGUCCCCAGUCACAGUGCUAUUACAUGUGGGAGGCUGGGAUGUGCAGAGAAGGUUAUUGAGGACAUACCCUGAGCUGGCAGAGCAAACACCUAAGAGCAGUUUUUACAGUAGGUCCUUUGUCAUUGUCGCAAGCAGGAAAUGACCUAGAAACUCUUCAAAUAAAUUAGUACAAAGAAACUUGCUCUGAAGAUGUCUUGGCAAGUUCAAGUUACUUCCUCAGUGUAGUAUGCACACGCAUUGUUUCUAUUCUGUCUUGUUUAGGAAUGGGUUCCAAAACAAAUCUAGAACAUAAAGGGGUGCAGAGAUUGUUAGAACUAGUUCCAGUUUUCUAGAUGUGCUGCAACUGUAGUCAUUGCUCAGAAUUUCUCAAAAAAGGAAAUACUUGUAAAUCCUAUACGUUACCUUUUGAGGUGACAAAUUUAAAAUUUAGAAAUCAUAUUUAAGAAAAGUUGUAGCUUUCCAAGGGUUGGGAAUUUACCAAGAAAUUCUUUGAUAACUCUGCAUUUGUUUUCCUUUAAGUGAACAAUGUGGGAGACCCUCAAACUGGCUUUGAAUUUAGUGCUCCGUCAGUGAGCAGAGACUAAAUAUGGGCUCUGCUGUCCCUUUUGUAGUCUCAGACUCAUUCCCAAGACAGAACAGUUUUCUAUACUUAAUUUUUUUCUGAAUAUGUAAGUUUUAAGUGGUGCUUUAAAAAUAAUUCAAAAGUUAAAAUGGAUAUUAUUUUAAUGCUGUCUUAUUUAGCUAAAGACCUAUGAUAACCACUCUUAGGAUAGUUGUU